UCCAACAACAUCUAAAUAACAAGACUCUUUAUGAGUUGUUUUUAUUAAAUCUCGUUUAAGAAUUUUACUUGAUCAGUUUAUUUUGAAAAUGUCAUUCUUGCGUGGUUCGCUGAAUUAUGUUUGGUGCACAACUAGCGUACUAGGGAAAGGUGCCACCGGAUCUGUGUUCCAGGGAGUGAAUAAGACUACUGGAGAAUCAGUUGCCGUGAAAACUUUCAAUCCAUACAGUCACAUGAGGCCUGCCGAUGUACAGAUGCGCGAGUUUGAAGCUUUAAAAAAAGUGAACCAUGAGAACAUUGUCAAAUUGUUGGCCAUUGAGGAGGAUCAAGAAGGACGCGGCAAAGUAAUUGUUAUGGAAUUAUGUACGGGUGGAAGUCUGUUUAAUAUACUUGAUGAUCCGGAGAACUCAUAUGGGCUGCCUGAACAAGAAUUUCUCCUGGUACUGGAGCAUCUAUGCGCUGGCAUGAAGCAUUUGCGUGACAAUAAACUGGUACAUCGUGAUCUCAAGCCAGGAAAUAUUAUGAAAUUUAUAUCUGAAGAUGGUCAAACCAUAUAUAAACUUACCGACUUUGGUGCUGCACGCGAGCUUGAGGAUAAUCAGCCAUUUGCUUCACUCUAUGGCACUGAGGAAUAUCUGCAUCCCGAUCUGUACGAGCGCGCUGUGCUCCGAAAGUCCAUUCAACGCUCAUUUACCGCCAAUGUGGACCUAUGGUCUAUUGGGGUGACGCUGUAUCAUGUGGCUACUGGAAACUUGCCCUUUAGACCAUACGGAGGUCGCAAGAACCGUGAGACUAUGCAUCAGAUAACAACAAAGAAAGCCUCUGGCGUGAUAUCUGGAACACAGUUAACCGAAAAUGGACCAAUUGAGUGGUCAACAACACUGCCCCCACAUGCACAUUUAUCACAAGGAUUGAAGACGCUUGUGACUCCCCUUCUGGCCGGUUUGUUGGAGGAGAAUCGCGAUAAAACGUGGUCCUUUGAUCGAUUCUUUCAAGAAGUGACAUUAAUUUUGCGCAAACGUGUCAUCCACGUCUUCUUUACGAAUCGCACUACCUCAGUGGAGGUAUUCCUAGAGCCCAAUGAGCAGAUCGAUAACUUCCGAGAGCGUAUAUUCCUGCAAACUGAGGUGCCGCUUGAAAAGCAAAUAUUGCUCUUCAAUAACGAACACAUUGAACAGAAAGUCUCACCACGUACUAUUGCGAAAGCCUUUCCUAAAACAACAACGGAACACCCUAUUUUCCUCUACAGCAAUGAUGAUAAUAAUGUUCAACUGCCCCAACAAUUGGAAUUGCCCAAAUUUCCAGUAUUUCCGCCCAAUGUUUCUGUAGAAAAUGAUGCGAGUCUUGCAAAGGCUGCAUGCAGUGUGGGCCAUGAAUGCAAAAGACGUGUGGACAUCUUUACCACCAUGGAUAUACUUAUCAAGAAGGCAGUUGAGCAAUUUACAGAAAUGUUAAUAACAACCAUUAGCUUAUUAUUGAAAAAAACAGAGAGUUUUGACAAUCUACUGUCCACAGUUGUUGACUACGCAGAUGUGGUACAUGUUAUGGCAAGCGUGACGAAGGGUGAACAGGAAUUAAAGCCUCUUCUCUGUUCUCUGAAUGGUGUGAAAGGUGAAUUUGAUGGUGCGGCCGAUGUUAUCACACAGAUGCACAAACAUUUUGUAACAGAUGAUGAGCUAAAUGAUCAAUGGUCGUCCUUGAUGCAUGGCAAAAAAUGUCCUUGUCGCACAAGAGCUAGCGCACAGGCAAAGUAUUUGGUGGAGCGCCUGCGCGACUCUUGGCAACAUUUGCUGCGUGACCGUGCGACACGCACUUUAACAUACAACGAUGAACAGUUCCAUGCGCUGGAGAAAAUUAAAGUGGAUCACAAUGGCAAACGUGUCAAGCAAUUGUUAUUGGAAAAUGUAAGUCCUGCCGUCGCGCAAAUGGCGGAAUGUCUGGCUGAUUGGUAUAAGCUGGCACAAACGGUGUACCUGAAGACUCAGAUAUUGGAGAAGGACGUGCGCGACUGUGAGCGUAGGUUGCAUAGUAUUCGUGAUGAGCUCUACCACAUCAAAUGCGAACAGAAGCUGGAUGCGGAUACCAAAAAUAUAAAUAGCAAUAACCAAUUGGCCAAAAUUGAGGAACGCAAUCGUCUGCGCAUUAUGAAGCAGCAGCAAUUGGAAGUGAUGGCUGUGAUGAGAAGAAAUAGCGAACUUAUAAGUUUGAUAAAUAAUAUAGGUAUUUCCAAUCCUAAUAUAUAAUAAAGCUUGAACUAGAAGCAUAUAAUGUAUAGUGCUUUACAAUAUUCUAUAGAUAUAAUAUAUGUU